AUGGCUACCAUCAAUAAGGUGCGCACAUCGAAGCAGUCGUAUUUCUUCGGUGAAAAGGCAGCGACGGACGUACUCUGCUUCACCAAAAUAAUUCCUAGAGGAUCUUACCUGCCACAAGAUGUUACCUACAAGGUUCUACCACCCGUCCGUAAACGAAGAGCUCAACAGCCACAAGCCGCACCUAUGCCUGUAGCACCAGGAAGCGGCGGUGGAGGAAGUCCUGGUGGAGCUGGAGGUGGCGGUGCUCCUGGAGGAGGUGGAGAACAUUCGAUGUCUCUCAACUUUUUCGUUCUUUCGGUUCCAUCGUUCGUCUCCUGA